AUGUUUUCCGCCACUUCUGGAGCUUUCCGGGCUGGUGCCCGACGAGUCGCUCCCCGCGUCGCUCGCUCCAAUGUCAAGACUGCCGCUCCGACUGCGCUCCGAUCCAUCAACACCAACCGUGCCCUCUCAACAACCAAGGCCCAUGCUUCUUUGCCUGGCCGCGAUAGGACCCGGGAGAUUGUUGCGCAGACUAUCAAUAGCAUUGGCAGCAGGAGGGAGGGUGAGCAGUACCUGAAGCUCUUCACCUCGGUUGAGUCCCAGAAGUUUGCCGUUAUCAAGGUCGGCGGUGCCAUUCUUUCCGAUUACUUGGACGAGCUCUGCCGAAGUCUCGCGUUCUUGACAGAGAUGGGCCUCUACCCAGUUCUGUCGGCUGGUGUUGAGCCCCAGUUCGAAGAAGGUAUCCGAGUUACUGACGCCAAGACCUUGGGUAUUGUUCGCAAGCUUUUUCUUGAAGAGAACUUAAAGCUUAUUAACCGACUGGAUGAGCUCGGUGUUGCAACUCGAUCGAUCAGCGGUGCUUUUGUAGCCGAUUAUCUUGAUAAGGAGAAGUGGCAGUAUGUUGGCAAGAUCACCAAGGUCAAUAAAGAUGCUAUUGAGAAGUCCAUUGAGGCUGGCUACAUCCCUGUUCUUACCUCAAUGGCUGAAUCUGAAGACGGCCACCUCCUCAAUGUUAACGCUGAUGUCGCUGCAGCCGAGCUUGCACGUGCGCUUGAGCCCCUGAAGGUUGUUUAUCUGUCAGAAAAGGGUGGACUGUAUGAUGGUGAUGGCGAGAAGAUUUCCUCAAUCAACUUAGAUGCUGAGUUCGACUAUUUAAUGUCUCAGCCCUGGUGCCGAUACGGAACGCGACUUAAGAUCAAAGAAAUCAAAGAAUUACUUGACACACUUCCCCGCAGCUCGUCCGUUGCUAUUAUCCACCCUAGCGAUUUGCAAAAGGAACUGUUCACCGACUCUGGUGCCGGCACCCUCAUUCGUCGAGGAGACAAGAUUCAGCGGGUUUCCUCUAUCAAUGAGAUUGGAGAUAUUUCCAAGUUCAAGGAGACUCUGGCCCGUGACCGCCAGGGUCUUGAUGCUGAGGCCACUGUCGAACGCUUUGUCGAUCAUCUUAAGGAGAAGAACUUCAAUGCCUACUUCGACGAUGGAAUGCAGUGUCUAGCUGUCGUCCUGCCAGCCAAUGAGGAGCGACCAAUUGCUACACUGGCUACUUUGAAUAUCACCAAGGCUGGAUGGCUCAGCAACGUCGCUGAGAACGUCUUUGCUGCCGUCAAGAAAGAUCACCCUAGCUUGGUCUGGACUGUCAGCGAGGAGGAUGAGAACCUAACUUGGUUCUUCGAGAAGGCUGACGGAACCUUCAACAAGAACGGCAAUGUUCUUUUCUACUAUGGAUGUGAGCUCCGAUCUGAAGCUCUGGUCCCUAUCUACGAGGAGUUUAAGGCACACGGCCGUGCUAUGUUCGGCGACAACCUGGAAUCUCGACUUCGAGAUGCUGCCAAGACCACAAGUGAGACGUUAAACGCCUCCCAAAGCCGAACUUGA